UCUUGCAGCAUGUCAAGACCUUCUCUUCCUCAGACAGCUUAGCGAAGGUGCAGGAGGUAGCAAGCUGGCUUUUGGAAAUGAACCAGGAUCUGCUGUCGGGGGGCAGCAGCAGCAGACGGAGUCGGGGCUCCGGGGGUCCGGCGGCGAGAGGUAACGCCUCCUCCUCCGCCGCCCAGGCACCCCAGCAGCCGUCAGAGGAGGCUGACGAGGAUGAGCACAUGAACCGGGUGCUCGAGGACGAGGAGCGGCCACGGCAACAGCCCGAGACCUCGCAAGUGGACGCGGACAGAGGAUCGACAUGGGCACCCGACGAGCCUGCGCCGAGCAACGGCCCCCCCGGGGAAAACGGGGGAGACGAGGAAGGGCCCCCCAGCAAGGUGAACCGAUGCGAGAAAGGUCCCCGCUGGACGUGGAGGGCCGAGCAGAGGCAGCGGACUCAGGAGGACGAGGAGGAGGACGAGGAGGAGGAGGAGGAGGAAGAGGAAGAGAACAACAACCACAACAACAGCAGCAGUCACCAGGAAGAGGAGGAAGAGGAGAGGACAGAGGGAGGGCAGGAGCAGAGGAGGACGAGGGACGAGGAAGAGGACGAUGAGGAGGAGAUGGACCAAGACAGCGACGACUUUGAGCCCUCGGCGGAAAGCGGGCGGGAAGAGGAGGAGGAAGAGGAGGAUGAGGAAGCAGAAGAGGGGCUGAUGUCUCCCUCCAUCAGGAACAAUGCGACGGUCGCCAGCAACAAUGUGGACUCACACCAAAGCUCCUCCAACAAGAAGAUGAAGAGAAAGUUGGACCAUGGCCCCGAGGUCCGAUCUUUCCCUUCAGGAAAAAAGCCCUGCAAAGGUCCCGAGUAUCCAAGCCCGACGGGAAUCGUGCCGUGCCCGGCCACGCCCACCACGUUCGGCCACAUCCGGGCGGCCAACGGCCAGGGCCAGCAGAGGAGGCGCAUCACCUCCAUCCAGCCACCCGCUGGGCUCCAGGAAUGGCUCCGAACGUUUCAGAGCUGGACCGGCCCUGAGAAGCUGCUGGCGCUGGACGAGUUGAUUGACAUCUGCGAGCCGACGCAGGUCAAGCAUAUGAUGCAGGUCAUCGAGCCGCAGUUCCAGCGCGACUUCAUCUCCCUGCUGCCCAAAGAGCUGGCGUUGUACGUUCUGUCGUUCCUGGAGCCCAAGGAUCUCCUCCAAGCCGCCCAGACGUGUCGCUACUGGCGCAUUCUGGCCGAGGACAACUUGCUGUGGAGGGAAAAAUGCCGGGAAGAAGGCAUCGAUGAGCCUUUACCCCUCAAGAAGAGGAAAAUCGUCAAGCCCGGGUUCACUCACAGCCCCUGGAAGAGUGCCUACAUCAGGCAGCACAGAAUAGACACUAACUGGAGGAGAGGGGAUCUUAAAUCGCCCAAGGUGCUGAAAGGUCACGACGACCACGUGAUCACCUGCCUCCAGUUCUGCGGCAACCGCAUCGUCAGCGGCUCCGACGACAACACGCUCAAAGUCUGGUCGGCUAUCACGGGAAAAUGUCUGAGGACGUUGGUGGGCCACACGGGCGGCGUGUGGUCGUCGCAGAUGCGCGACAACAUCAUCAUCAGCGGCUCAACUGACCGCACGCUCAAGGUCUGGAAUGCGGAGACGGGAGAAUGUAUCCACACCCUCUACGGGCAUACCUCAACAGUGCGCUGCAUGCAUCUGCACGAGAAAAGGGUGGUGAGCGGCUCUCGGGACGCCACGCUGCGCGUGUGGGACAUCGAGACGGGCCAGUGUUUACACGUCCUCAUGGGGCACGUGGCGGCCGUGCGCUGCGUCCAGUACGAUGGACGGCGGGUGGUCAGCGGUGCCUACGACUUCAUGGUCAAAGUCUGGGACCCCGAGACGGAGACGUGCCUCCACACGCUGCAGGGUCACACCAACCGGGUGUACUCGCUACAGUUCGACGGGAUCCACGUGGUGAGCGGCUCGCUGGACACGUCCAUCCGAGUGUGGGACGUGGAGACGGGCAACUGCAUCCACACGCUGACCGGCCACCAGUCGCUCACCAGCGGCAUGGAGCUCAAAGACAACAUCUUGGUGUCGGGCAACGCCGACUCCACCGUCAAGAUCUGGGACAUCAAGACGGGCCAGUGCCUGCAGACGCUGCAAGGUCCGCACAAGCACCAGAGCGCCGUCACGUGCCUGCAGUUCAACAAGAACUUUGUGAUCACCAGCUCGGACGACGGCACGGUCAAGCUGUGGGACCUGAAGACGGGCGAGUUCAUCCGCAACCUGGUGACGCUGGAAAGCGGCGGCAGCGGGGGUGUGGUUUGGCGCAUACGGGCAUCCAACACCAAGCUGGUGUGCGCCGUGGGCAGCCGCAACGGCACCGAGGAGACCAAGCUGCUCGUGCUUGAUUUUGACGUGGACAUGAAGUGAAUGCACUGUUGUUACGGCGGCGGCAGGAAGGGGGGUGGAUGAGGCAGGUUUGGGGAGGUGGGGGCAGGGGGUCCCAAAAAGCGAACCGACACCAAUCUACCCCCGAUCACAGGGCCGAUUGUUGUCGUGUCGAGAGAAGCACCUCCGAGGCCUCCUAAGGAUGGGGAUCUCGGGUGGAAUUUCAACCCAUUUUGUUGCCGUUCCUGUUCCGCUGAACCUCAACGUCAUCAACUGUGAAUUUCAAAAUCGGAUUUUUCCAUCGCCUUCCUGUUGCGAACGGCAACAAAUCCCAGUAUUAGAACAACCCCACCCCACCCUCAUUGUUUGUCUGGGGUGGGGGCGGGGCAGGAACAGGAUUGCUAACAAUGCUGUCCAAAGUGGUUUUGGUUGUUUUCCACCCAUCCCAGGCAUUCAGUUGGAGGGGAAAAACAGGAACAGGUUUUUACUCCAACUUUCCAUGGCGAAGAAUUCUAUACGUCUUUAUUCUGAUUCCACUCCGCCCCGUCGACCAACCUCGCACAGGAACAAGAACAUCAGUGCUGUUUUUGGUUAACCUUGGUGGUCUGUUCCAGUCUCCUGAGACGUCAGUCUGCGGCCCACCAGUCUCCCAUCAACUCUCCACAAAUACAAACUGUAAACAGGAAAGCCAAUGCUGCCCAAAGUUUUCCAGUUGAGCAAGACCUGUUCCAGUUUGGCUUGGAAUUGAAAAGGAGGGAACAGGAAUGUUAUUGCUGUUUUUCAGUACAGCUGGUGCCCAUUGAAACCUUUGGAGGCUAGUAAAUCUGCUGUCCCCUGUCCCCGACAACCAACUUCCUGCCACAAAAGGAAAAAGGAACAGGAACAUCAGGAUGUUUUUUUUUCUCAGUCUGGCUGUGUGUUCCAACAGGGGAGGAAUCAGUACGAGGAACAUCAAUGCUCUCCAGAGUUUUUCAGUCCGACCUUCCAUGGUGGCAACUUCCGUUUCCCAUCACAUCUCUACCCGGCUGAAAAGAAAGGAACAGGAGCACCAAAGUCGUUUCAGUACAGCUGGAGUGUGUGGAACUCUGCUGCAGCUCCCCUUGCCCACGACUUCCACUUCUCUACGGGGGGGCAAAACUCAAUUCAGAAAUUUUUGAGUCCAUCUGGGGAUGCGUUCCAGCCUUCCAAGGCCAGAUCUCUCCAGGAACAUAAUUGCUUUUUUUUUUUUCCAGUCCAACUGGUGGUGGUGGUAUGGUAUGGUAUUCUGAUCCGCUUCAAAUAGG